AUGUAUUUCAGUCCUGGUGUGCAUGACCACAACAAGCAUGAACUCUGCCAUGGAGAUGUGUGGAAGGCAUCACCUUUGUUUGGAGAGGAAGCCAUUAGUAUCAGUGGAGCCAUAUAUCAUGCAGGAGAAUUUAUACAUUGUUACUAUAGAGACAAUACACAUGUCAGGCAUAUUUUCACUAUUGUCAAAGAAGGUGAACAGUGGUGUCUGGAAGUCAAUAUGAUGUUGAGAUUUGAAGAUCUUCCUAGGACUCUACAAUCAAACGACAGACAGUUAUCAGCAGCUUGUGGAACCACCACAGUCUGGCUCAAAGACCUACCAGAGCCACCAUCCUACAGAUACAGUAUCAGUGAAAUAAUAUAUUCCUGGAACUCGCUCUUUAUUGACUUGUAUCAUGAUGAUUUUGGCACCUUUCGAAGUGUUUACCAUAGUCUUGGUGGUGUGUAUCUCCAAUUUGGUAAUUUUCCAUUUAACCUAAGGAAACAACUAAAAAAUCACUUCCCAGUUGGAUUGAUUCCUUUUGGGGGUAGCUUUAGUGACUUUAUCAGGCCAUUCAUAAAUGAACUUAAAAUACUCAAAAAGGGUGUCAGAAUGGUAUCAAUGGGGGAGGAAGUAUGGAUCAUUGCUGGGUUAGGUUCAGUGACUGGUGACUUACCUCAGGGAAAUGUUCAUGCUAGUGUAAAGAGCCAUAGCAGUCAGUUUGGUUGUAGAAGUUGUAAAGUACCUUAUGAGAGACUUACAGAUCACACAUUUGACCUGGUGAUGAAUGCCAGAUAUCACCACUUAACCACUGAGGAAAUUAAUCAUCUCUUACGUGAUAGAGUUAUCAACACUCCACAAGAUGCUUAUCAUGCUAUUGGUGGAAAAAUCUUGAAACUCUUAGAUGCGACAAUGGAUCUCCUUUCUGCUGCUGGUGAAUGUAACUGGAUUAUGUAUUGGAAGUCUAUAGAGAAACCCACCAAUUGGUCAAAGCUUCCUAAUGCACUGAGCCACAGGCGGAGUUUUAUGUUUUCGGAUGGACUUCAUCUGGCAAUGUUUAUGCCCUUUAUUUUACACCGCUGUUUCACCCCUAAUUGUAUAAAAAGUUGUGCAUUAGAAUCACUAAAGAAUAAGUUGGAAAUCCGCAAUGAUGAGAUUGUGUUGGAAGUGAUUUGCUGCUGGGUGAUUAUAGCCAAGACAGCAAAGCUUUCUUUUUCUACAGUCUUUACUGAUCAAACUUAUAAGGAACUUGAAGAGUGCCUCUGUCAAGAACAAGAUAUUUUGACAAGGAAGUUAUGGUACCCUGGUGAAUACAUCAGUGACAGUGAAGGAAAUGCAUUUUGCUACAUAUUUGAUGGUGGUCGAGAUAAGUGCUUUGCAGAUGUUGGUGAUGGCCUCAAAAGUCUUGUUAAUGAUGAGUUGAUAUGCCCAAUAUUAACAGAAUGGUACAUCACUGAAGACUGUAAACUUCUUCCUGAUGCUGAUGCGACAGAGACACUGGAAAAUGAAG